GUAAAAUUCCAGUUUUAUUAGUUUUUAAUGAAAUAGCAUUUAAAUAUGUCUUCAUUGGACGCAGACACCGUGCUGCUUAGCAUUUUGUUUCUGGUUAUUAUCGAAAAUGCCCUGGAGAUUUACAUAUCGCUGCGACAGGUGAAAGUGUACCGCACUGCACUAAAGGUGCCGGCCGAGCUGACGUCACACAUGGGCGAGGAGACGUUCCACAAGGCAAGGAAAUAUGGGCUGGACCAGGAGAACUUCGGCAUCUUCAAGGCGGUGGUCAUGGACGUGGGCUUGCUCUGCCUGGAGCUGUACAUCGGACUGAUCGCUGUGCUGUGGCAGUUGUCCGUGGAGGUAGUGGAGCACCUGCAGUGGGACUCCAAGAACGAGAUCAUCGUCAGCUGUGUCUUUGUGCUGAUCUCGAAUGUGCUGGGCACGUUUAAGGGUCUGCCCUUUAAGAUCUACAAGAUAUUCGUGCUGGAGGAGACGCACGGCUUCAACAAGCAAACGGCGCGUUUUUUCGCCUGGGAUCAGCUCAAGGGCUUCCUGGUCACCCAGGUGCUCAUGAUUCCCAUCACGGCGGCCAUUAUCUUCAUUGUUCAGCGUGGCGGCGACAAUUUCUUCAUCUGGUUGUGGAUCUUCACUGGCGUUAUCUCACUGGUCCUACUCACAUUGUAUCCGAUUUUCAUUGCACCGCUGUUCGACAAGUACACGCCGCUGGAGAAGGGUGCUCUGAGACAGUCCAUCGAGGAUCUGGCCGCCUCGCUCAAAUUCCCGCUCACUAAGCUGUUCGUGGUGGAGGGAUCCAAGCGAUCCUCCCACAGCAACGCCUACUUCUAUGGCCUCUGGAACUCAAAGAGAAUUGUGCUCUUCGACACGUUGCUGCUGAACAAAGGUAAAUCCAACGACUCAGAGCUCUCCGACGACGAAAAGGGAAAAGGCUGCACCGACGAGGAGGUUCUGGCCGUUUUGGGCCACGAGCUGGGCCACUGGAAACUGGGCCACGUCACCAAGAACAUUAUUAUCAUGCAGGUGCAUCUCUUCCUAAUGUUCCUCGUCUUUGGCAAUGUCUUCAAGUACCCACCAUUCUAUGAGGCCAUGGGGUUCCAGGCCGGCACUCGUCCCAUUCUUGUGGGCUUGCUGAUUGUAUUCACCUACGUCCUGGCUCCGUACAACGCCCUCAUGAACUUCGCCAUGACCAUUCUGUCGCGCCGAUUCGAGUACCAGGCCGAUGAGUUUGCUUUCAAGCUGGGCUUUGCUGAGCAGUUGGGUCAGGCCCUCAUCAAACUGAAUGUGGACAACCUGGGCUUUCCCGUUUACGACUGGUUGUACUCCACCUGGAACCAUUCGCAUCCCACCCUGCUCCAGCGACUAAAUCGCCUCAAGGAGCUGAAGGAAGACAAGAAGCUGAACUAAGACCGCUCACAUCACACAAGACCAAAGUUUAUACUGUUCCCUUUGUUUUAACGUACAAAAAAAUAAAGUAAGGGGACCAACCCCAAAGAAAAUA